UUAACAACUGAGUAUCUUAAACGAAACACCAUAAUGGACCAAAUGGACGAAAAAAAAGGAAUGAGCACUUUAAACUCUGAUAUUUCAAAGGGGCCUUCUGGAAAUGGUAUACCCUCGAAAAGAUGCAAAUCGAAAAGAUCAAAAACGUAUGAAUAUGAUACACAGAAUAUAAACAUGAAAAAAAGUUUUAUCAAAUUUGACGACCUUCAAAAACGUAAUUUAAUCCAUGUACGUUCAAGAGAUUCUAAAAAAGCUCAAGAAAUUUUUCGAUCUACAAUUGCUGAACAGCUUGACAACUGCCGUCAAUGCAAAAAACCGGUAUACAAAAUGGAGGAAGUCAUUCUUCAAUUAAAAAGUGAAACGACUAUUUUUCACAAAACGUGCUUACGUUGCAAGGACUGCAGAAAACAACUAAAACCUGAAAGCUAUAACGUUCAUGAUGGAAACCUAUACUGUUCUAUGCACUUUAAAUCAAUAUUUGCACCGAAGAUAGUUUGUGAAGAAUUUACACCACUAAAGCCAGAGCUUAUAAUACGAGAGAAUCAACCAAUAGAAUUACCACCGGAUGUCGCAAGAGCUUCCGAUAAGCCAAGUCUUGGACUUGACGAACUUCAACAGCUAAAUGUGCGCUCAAAAUUCAACGUUUUCGAAAAUGGUUGUAAAGAAAAAAUCGAUUACCUACAAGAACGGCAAGAUUCUGCACUUACUCAUAGCAAGUCAAUAGGGUCCACGAUAACCAAACUUCAUAAGCUCGGAAUAACUAAUUCAAAAUUUGAUGAACUAGAUAAUAUUGAAAAGACCAUUGAUAAGAUAAAUUCGAGUACCGACGAGGAAAGCGAAAUGGUUUUUUUGUGCUCCAGAAAGAAUAUUGAAAGGGAAAGGCCAGUGGGCUUGGGAGAAGCAAUGAAUGAUAUUAGAUCAAAGUUCGAGCAAGGUGAAGUGAUGACAAAAGAAGAACGUCGCGAAGAAAGGAAACAGGAAAUACAGAGCAUACGUUCUCGACUAUUUUUGGGCAAACAAGCAAAAAUAAAAGAAAUGUAUCAAUUAGCUGUGGCUGAAUCAGAACAUGGCGUUACAUCGGCGGGUAAGACCCCCGAUAUUAAUGUCAUAAAUGCCACUCAUCUUAUAAAGGAUCGAUUUGAGAAUGGUGAGGUUUUUAACGAUAAUAAAGUUCAAUUAAAGGAAGCAAUUCAAGCGGAUGCGGAUGUGUUUGAAUCUGGAAUAGGCAAAGCAUCGCGAAGUAUCUUCAUGGAGCUAGAUGCAAAUUUAAGUUCAAACUUAAAUAACAGUCGUACCCAAAAUAACCGUCCCGAUAAAAAGAUUGUGAGAUGUAAUCAAUUGUUGAAAGAGAGUACCGGUGCUGACAUUAUCAAAUGCGACUCAAAACCAGAAGAAGUUAAAGUCGCCACUGAAGAGUUAACAGAAAGAUUUAAAUUCUUUGAAAAAUAUGCCCCUGUCGAAAAUAAAAAAAAGAAAUUUCGCAUGACUCCGCCACGUGACGGUGUUGUGAAGAUGCCGUCUCCUGAUUUCGACACAGAGGGUUCAAUUCAAACGCCCUUAUUCAAUGAUAACGUUUUACAAAAAACCAAAACAACGUCAACAAUAUUAAGCAAGUUUCGCGAAAUGGAAGAGCAACAAAUGAAUGAGAAAAACAAGGAACGAAGCCCAAAACCAUUAAAGUGUUUUACUCCGCCACCAGAAACUGUCGACCAUUUCAAUAGAUCAGAUACUGAGGAAGAAAAUGAUAGUGAAAGCGAUCAGAACACUGAUGACGACGAAAAAAGUUUUGCGAAUGUGCUUAACGGUUGCAACGAAGAUCAAGGGCUUUACGAGGCCCAGAAUGCAGCUCGUGCUAAACAGUUGCGGGCGAAGUUUGAAAAGUGGCAGAUUAACGAAAUAGAGCGCGAACUCAACGAAGGAAGUGGAGACACACAAUCAUCACAGCUUAUUUCAAAUGAGUCCAUUGAAAGUGCAAGAAAAAUUCGGGAACGCUUUGAAAAUAUGAAUAUUUCUGACUCUCAACUGGCGAACGCACCAAGAAGUCUAAUCAAACGUUUUGUUUAACGCAAUGAACGCCUGAUGGUCUAGAACGACGAAGUAUCAUAAUUAUUGCGAAUUAACCAUAAAUCACGUAAUAAGAGGAUCCCCAGAAGCUUCGAAAUAAUAUCAAUUCGGGAACGCUUUGAAAAUAUGAAUAUUUCUGACUCUCAACUGGCGAACGCACCAAGAAGUCUAAUCAAACGUUUUGUUUAACGCAAUGAACGCCUGAUGGUCUAGAACGACGAAGUAUCAUAAUUAUUGCGAAUUAACCAUAAAUCACGUAAUAAGAGGAUCCCCAGAAGCUUCGAAAUAAUAUCAAUUCGGGAACGCUUUGAAAAUAUGAAUAUUUCUGACUCUCAACUGGCGAACGCACCAAGAAGUCUAAUCAAACGUUUUGUUUAACGCAAUGAACGCCUGAUGGUCUAGAACGACGAAGUAUCAUAAUUAUUGCGAAUUAACCAUAAAUUACGUAAUAAGAGGAUCCCCAGAAGCUUCGAAAUAAUAUCGUAUAUUUUAUAUGUCUUAUAUAAAUACAUUUUUGACAUUUUGAAUGUGGCAAAUACAAUAUGAUUUUAAUACUUUA